UUGACAAACACCAUUAAACCUCAGAGGAAGAUUAGUUUCACUGCGCUCUCUGUUGUUGUUAUGUCAGGGUGCUGCUUUAAUACAAACGAUUAAACAUGUUUCUAAGAGAAAAAUACAGUUUUUGAAUCAGGUCAGUAAAUACCUGUAAUAUUCUCAUCCUCACAGUCGUGACUAAGUUUUGAAGCAAGCAGGAAUAUCUGGAGGAGUAUCAUCUGAACUGAGAUCUGCUGCUGUGAAGAUGGAGUUUGUUAAAGAGGAGAGUGAAGAGAACACGAGUGAACCAGAAACCUGGAGAAUAAAACACGAGGAACCAGAACCCAUGAGAAUAAAACACGAGGAACCAGAAACCUGGAGAAUAAAACACGAGGAACCAGAAACCUGGAGAAUAAAACACGAGGAAGCAGAAACCUGGAGUAUAAAACACGAGGAAGCAGAAACCUGGAGAAUAACACACGAGGAACCAGAAACCCGGAGAAUACAACAUGAGGAACCAGAAACCUGGAGAAUAAAUCACAAGGAACCAGAAACGCAGAUAAUAAAUCAUGAGGAACCAGAAACAUGGAGAAUAAAACACGAGGAACCAGAAACAUGGAGAAUAAAACACGAGGAACCAGAAACAUGGAGAAUAAAACACGAGGAACCAGAAACCUGCAUAUCUCACGAGGAACAAGGAGGCCUGAUGAAAAUGAAAGAAGAAAGACGAGAUCUGAAAGAGGUGCAGGAGAAAUAUCAGCAUCAGAAAGAUCAUGAUGUCAAUGAAGAAAAAUCUGCAUUGAGUUGCAGCAUUAAAAGAACAGAAGUCAAAAGGCCAUUCAGCUGCUCUCAGUGUGGAAACACUUUCACAAGUAACAAAACUCUUAAGAAGCACAUGUUAAUUCAUGCUGGAAUAAAGCCUUUCAGCUGCUCUCAGUGUGGAAAAACUUUCAGAUGUAACAUAAAUCUUAGGGAUCACAUGUUAAUUCAUGCUGGAGUAAAGCCUUUCAGCUGCUCUCAGUGUGGAAAGAGUUUUACAAAGAAAGCAGGCUUAAAGAAUCACAUGUUAAUUCACACUGGGAUAAAGCAUUUCAGCUGCUCUCAGUGUGGAAAGAGUUUUACAAAGAAAUCAAACCUUAAUAGUCACAUGUUAAUUCAUGCUGGAAUAAAGCCUUUCAGCUGCUCUCAGUGUGGAAAGAGUUUUACACUGAAAGAACAACUUAAGAGUCAUUUGGUAAGUCACACUUCAGAAAAACCUUUCAGCUGCUCUCAGUGUGGAAAGAGUUUCACAAAGAAAGCAGGCUUAAAGAAUCACAUGUUAAUUCAUGCUGGGAUAAAGUCUUUCAGCUGCUCUCAGUGUGGAAAGAGUUUUACACAGAAAGGAGACGUUAAGAAGCAUUUGGUAACACACUCUUCAGAAAAACCUUUCAGCUGCUCUCAGUGUGGAAACACUUUCACAUAUAAAGCAAACCUUAAGAAGCACAUGUUAAUUCAUGAUGGGAUUAAGUCUUUCAGCUGCUCUGAGUGUGGAAAGAGUUUUACACUGAAAUCAAGCCUUAAUAGGCACAUGUUAAUUCAUACUGGGAUAAAGUCUUUCAUCUGCUCUCAGUGUGGAAAGAGUUUUACAAUGGAAGACUACCUUAAGAAACAUUUGGUAACACACUCAUCAGAAAAACGUUUCAGUUGCUCUCAGUGUGGAAACACUUUCACGUGUAAAGCAAGCCUUGAGAAGCACAUGUUAAUUCAUACUGGAAUAAAGCCUUUCAGCUGCUCUCAGUGUGGAAAGAGUUUUACGUGGAAAGGACAACUUAAGAGUCAUUUGGUAACUCACACCUCAUAAAAGCCUUUCACCUGCUCUCAGUGUGGAAAGUCUUUGGCACGUAAAGGAUACCUCGAGAAUGACAUGUUAAAGGGGUCAUCAAAUGUCCAUUUUCCACAAGUUUAUAUGAUUCUUUAGGGUCUUAAAGGGGUCAUAUGAUGUGAUUUCAAUUUUUCCUUUCUCUUUGGAGUGUUACAAGCUCUUGGUGCA